UCCAUUCUUCUCCACUUGGUGAGCAUAAUUGAGUGAUAACUUUUUCUCGCAAGAUAUAAUGGAGCUUGUGAAAAUGGAAACUGCUCGCCAUGAUGAAGAUGAGAAAACAAGAAUCCUCUACGAUGCAUCAUACAAAGGGAAUGUUCUAAUCUUGAACUCACUGACAAAGCAAGACCCACUAAUCUUGCACAAAAUUUGCUCACGAACACCCUUUGUUGAAACUCCUUUACACAUAUCACCUUUACUUGGCCACCUUGAAUUCACCAAAGCCCUUCUUGCUCUUAAACCCACACUUGCCCAUGAAUUGGACUCCUUCCAGGGCACUGCCCUCCACUUAGCUUCUGCAGAAGGUCGCAUUGACAUUGUGAAGGAGCUGCUGCUAGCUUUUGAUCAGGCAUGCUUGGUUCGUGAUCAAGAAGGAAGAAUUCCAUUGCACUAUGCUGUCAUAAGACGGAGACUAGAGGUUGUGAUAGAGCUUAUCAGAGCGAAGCCUGAGACUCGGGGGAUUCUCGACAAAGGGAAAACCAUUUUCCACUUGUGUGUCACAUACAACCACUUGGAGAUCCUAAAAGCUUUGGUGGAAUUGAAUAUUGGCUCCAAUGAUCUUCCCCAUUUGAAAGACCAGGAUGAAAAGACCGUUCUUGAUUUGGCUAUCAGGUUGAAGCAAGUCGAGACCGUGAGGUACCUCCUUUCAAUUCCUGAACAUAAGAGGAGCUGCAUGCUUGGAGAAUGAGAUGGACGUCGUUACUGACGAUUUGAAAGACUUUAAAACCUUUCAAAUCCAACUCAUGUUGAUGAAAUCUGGCAUCAAAUUUAAGGAAAAGAGCCAAAUGGUAAGACCUCCUCAGCCUCCGCCAUCAAAAACUACUCCAGAGAAGGGUUGGAGAAAGAUUUUAGGGAUGAUUAUGGAACAAAACAAUUCUAAUUGGUUGGAAGAGAUGAGGGGGAAUUUGAGUCUCGUGGCUACAAUGAUCUCAACCAUAAGCUUUCAAGCUAUGAUUAACCCUCCAGGUGGUUUCGUUCAACAAGGCAUACUUUCAGAUAAUGAGGAUCCCUUCGGAUGCUUGUCUGAAAAUGGUUACAGGACAUGUCCUGGAGAUUCAGUAUCCGCCAUUACAUUCGAAGACUAUCUUCACCCCUAUAUGAAGUACAAUACCGUUUGUUUUAUCGGAUCUCUCAGUGUCGCUCUCUUGCUUGUAAGUGGAGUUCCUCUGAAGCAUAAAGCUGUGAUAUGGAUGUUAUCGAUUGGCAUGUGCAUCACCCUCACAUUUUUAUCACUCACAUAUCUUCAAGGCCUCUACGUGGUGACUCCAAGCGGUAAACUUUUUGACUCAGCCAGGAGAAUGUUUCAUGUGUCACUUAUGUGUUGGAUUGGAUUUCUAGGGGUUGUUGCUGUGUUCAUCACGUUGCGCUUCCUCUAUUGGCUCGUGAAAAAUGAGAAGAAAACGUCAGAUAUCAACUCGUCCAAAGAUAAUGGGAUACGAAAAUACAUGAAGUCAAAUGUUUGUCUUAAUUUGUUCUUCUAGUAAUGGCGAACAUCAGGGUCGUCUCAUAGAUCAUUGUUAUCGCAUGUUCUGUAACUUGUUUGUUGUGUUCUUAAUAACCGUACAGUUGACGUUGCUGCUACUGCUGUGCCCUCGAGUUUCAAAUAUUAACAAGAAAAGUGUUCAACUUUCAUAGUUCCGCAAGAUUUCUUACGUUUAUCUUGUUUUACGAGAAUUAUAAAUUCUAAUUUAAAUGAGGUUUUUACGCCAAUUACAUGCAUGACUGGGCACCAAGUUCUCCAGCAGCUUUGUGCACCUAUCCGUCGGUGGACGAACACCAUGCUUUCUCAAUCCGUUUUCAAGUAUGUGAAGGACAAAACAAUCAUUCUUCAUGUCUGGCGGUUGAAGUUAUCUACGUUGACUGUCCAGAGAGAGUGGAUGAUAGGGUUUCGCAAAACUUCCAAGUUUGACAGAAGAGUGGCUUCCGCUGGCUGAAGUUGAACGAGAGGGUUAUCUGUGAGU